CACUCCGUAGCAGUUAUUUUGGUCUGUCUUCACCUAAAGGAUUCUGUUGCUUUAUCAGGUCUGUGUGCUUCUCUCACAAUGGACUUUAAAGAAUUGAUCAGUGUCAUUAUCAUUACCAGUAUCGGUUCAAUUAUCCCCUACACCCAUAUUUUUAUAGCGUUGAUCUCUCUCAUCAUUCGCUGUGUUGUUACAAUCCUUGUUUCAGUUAUCCCCUUGGUCCACUUUGUCAUAGGUGCUGAGUGCUUCAAUGACUGCCCUGUUAUGUUCUUCAUCCCUAUCUACCUGAUAGGGUUGGGAUGUUUUUAUGUGGUCCUGGUGUUACUGUCUAUGUUUAUGGCCAUCAAAGACUGUCAAGGGUUCUGCUCAUGGGUCAUAUGGAUCAGUCUGCUCAUUCUGAUGUUCUGCCUCUUUGCUGGUAGUGGGGUUGUUUUCUCUGUAUUUCAAACAACAAGCUACAACCCGACCCUCAGCGACGGGAGCUCCAACCAGACCAUUGCCAACGAGAGCUACAACCAUACCUUCUGCAGUGGGAGCAACAACCAGUCCAUCACCAACCCAGAGUACUGCAACAAAACUCUAUACCUGUUUGCAUUCUCUACCUCUCUGAUAUGGAUCCUUAUGGUUGUUCUGUUAACGGUUGGCCUCAAGUUCUAUGGCUGCGUCGGAAUUGAGAUGAUCUUAAAGAGCUUGGGGUUAUGGUUGUUAGGUCAUGAUCCUAUUUAUUUGUGUUUCGGAGAGUCCACUAUACAAUAAGAAACAGUAGUCAUACUCAUAUGGAGGCUAUUAUGAAAGGCAGCCCACAGGUGCUUUAGUUGAUUGUUAAAUCUUUGGGUAACAUUUUGGGAGGAUGAGAACAUCUUCAGAGAACUUGACCAAUUAAAAGUGGAUAGAAAGUAUUAAUGGACCUGUAUACCUUUUUAAAUAAUUGAAUCUUGGAGUACUCCUUUUGUCUUUAAUCGUCUUUUCAAGGCAUGUCUGGUUGAUUAUGCCUGCUUCAAAACUAUUAGAGGAAAAAGUGUUUAUUUACAGUUGUGCUUUCAUUCUUUGUACUCUACCUUUUUGAUUCAAAAUUAAGCCAGUUAGAGAAAUUGUUUGAUAGUGUGUAAAGUGAAUGGGUCAUGCAGUUUGACAUACUUUAUCACAAAAAGGGACAACCAACUACACCGCCACUUUCAAUCUAUGCGCUUGAUAUCUGACCAACAGAUCACUGACCAUUUCGAAUCCCACCGUACCUUCUCCGCUGUGCAAUCCAGUUUCCGAGCUGGUCACGGGUGCACCUCAGCCACCCUCAAGGUACAA